GCAAGCUGGGACAUCACUCUGUCUUUUUCGCUCCGUCAAUCUCACUCACUUGAUCCUGGCUAUAACGCUAUUACAAUGGCUUCUGCUGUGAGUGUUUUACCCUCUGCGGCUCCAGCCAAAUCUCCCAAGAAGAGAGGCAAGUCUCAAAGGAAGAAGACGGGUCCCACAGUGUCAGAUCUGAUACUGAAGGCCGCGUCCGCGUCCUCAGAGCGCGGCGGCGUGUCCCUGGCAGCCCUGAAGAAGGCUUUGAAGGCCGCAGGAUACGACGUGGUGAAGAACAAAGCCAGAAUCCUCACCGCCAUCAAACGCUUGGUGGCCAGCAAAUCCCUUGUCCAAACCAAGGGCACCGGGGCUUCGGGCUCCUUCAAGCUGAACAAGAACCCCCCUACUCCUCGGAAGAAGGCGGUGAAGAAGAAGAAGCCAAAGGCAAAAAGGGUCAAGAGGGCCAGCCCGAAGAAAGCAGUUGGAGGUGCCACUCCAGCAGCCAAGAAGACACCUAAGAAAAAGAGGAAGUCAAAGAGUCCUGCCAAGAGGCCCGCUGCGGCCAAGAAGCCCAGGAGUCCUAAAAAGGCCAAACGCAGGAUUGCCAAGUCUACCAGGACCAGAGCUGCUGCCAAGAAGUGACAACUUCUUUAAUGAAACCUGAAUGCGACUAAACGCCUUUGUGGUUGCGUUUAGUUCCGCUAAGGAGUGGACCAAAAUGCCGCAUUCAUUCCAAGAACUUGAGUUUGCUUUUACAAUUUUUUUUUCGAUAAUAGAAAACACUGAACCUGCUGUUUUUAUUAUACACCCUUGCUGUGGUCUUUAAAGGACUGAAUUGCAAUUGAUUCGAAAUAAUAAAGCUAUAUUAAUUUA